CUGUUAUCAUUGUAGCUUCUCAGACUCCCAGGAAGACGAUGACCUUCAGCGGUUGAGAUGUAGUCACCGGCCGACCGGGGAAUUCGAAGCAGCUCUCAUUGUCCGGUCGCGAGCCGCCGCCGACUUCCAAGGCUGACGCAUGACCGCAGGUGACUAAGUCGCCGCUGAACUUCGCAGCGCAGCUCCUCAGCUCUUUUAAAUAGGGUGGACUUGAACAGCGGGUAAGACCAUGGAAGCGAUAUACUACGAGAAGGCGACUUCAUUCAAGCUCGCCACAGUCCCGGUGCCUCAAUUCCAGCCUCACGAAGUGCUGAUCAAAGUCUCAUGUUGCGGUCUUUGCGGGACUGACCAGCACCUGCACUCUGGAGAGACCAGCAUGGCAAGCUAUCCCUUUAUCCCUGGACAUGAAGUCGUAGGCGUCAUAGCCGAAGUCGGCAGCGCCGUCACCGGGUUCUCCAAAGGCGACCGUGUUGUCGCGGACCCUCUAGUUGAGUGUGGCCACUGCUUCUUCUGCCUCCGCGCAGAGUUUGUGCUCUGCGAGAACCUCGGCGCGCAUGGAGUGAGCAUUACUGGGGGUUUCAGCCAAUACGUCGCUUUUGAGGCCCGCAAAGUGUUCAAAAUACACAACAUCUCUGAUGAGGAAGCUACGCUCAUCGAGCCGACCGCAUGUGCUAUACAUGGCGUCGAUAGACUCGAGGUCAAAGUAGGCGUUGAAGCCCUCGUCAUCGGCGCUGGACCCACCGGGCUCGUCCUCGCACAGCUUCUCAAACUCAACGGAGCAACCAAAGUUGUGGUAGCGGCGAACAAGGGCGUCAAGACGGAGAUUGCGCGCAAGUUGGGCGCGGCAGACGAGUACGUCGAGCUGGAUCGGGCGGACCCGAAGCCGCAGUGGGAGAAGCUGAAGAAGGACUAUCCCUAUGGCUUCGAUGUGGUGGUCGAGGCAACGGGAUCGGCCGCAGUAGCAAACGACGCCAUCAACUACGUGCGGCGAGGCGGCAAGCUCUUGGUGUACAGUGUGUACGACCCGAGCGCCCUCGUCCAGUGGUCUCCCGCUAAGAUAUUCAUAGACGAGAUCAAGAUCAUCGGCUCGUUUGCGCAGCCGAACUGCUUCCCGCGGGCAGUAGCAUACCUCGACAGCGGUAAGGUCAACGUUAAGGGCCUGGUCACAGACGUGUAUAAACUGUCCGAGUAUCAGCAGGCUCUGGACAAGUACAAAAAUCGGGAUGUGGGCAAAAUCGCCGUCAGGCCCUAAGGCAUUGACAUUCGGAGAGGGAAGGAAUCAAACAUCGGAGCCCGAAGCAUUUACAGCUGCAUGUAUACUGA